UUGGGGCAUCGUGCUUCCUCCGUUUUCGGGAGCGCCGCCAGGCGGCGGGAGGUCUAGCCGAGCAGAAGCGGCGCCGACCUCACGGCAUCGCCGGCGGAGGCCCUGUCGAGCAUGUCGAGGGCCCGGUUGGAGCGGCGGAACAUGGAGCCGAAAGUCUUGGCGAUGGUGUUGCGCGGC